GCGUGCCCGACCGUGUGUCUGCCGUGGUUGGGCAAAGCGGUUUUAGUCUUUGACGUGUUCGUUGUGUUUUUCGCCGCUGUAGGAUCAACGCACCAAAUCAAGGACGGGAGCGUUGUGCGGAAGUGCCGUGUGGCGGACAAGACGGGGAGCGUAAGUUUCUCGCUAUGGAACGAGCAGGCGGAGGCCAUAGAGGCAGGCGAUAUCCUUCGCCUGAUCAACGGGUACGCCUCGCUCUGGAAGGGGACACUGGUGCUGUACAGCGGGAAGUAUGGGCAACUGGAGAAGAUAGGAGAGUUCACAAUGGUAUUUUCAGAGGUGCCGGACAUGAGCGACACCAGCCACGACUUUGUCCAGCAGCACCAGAAGGAGAAGGAAGCUCAGGACACCAGACAUCACAACGGGAGAAGUGGCAGUAGUCAUGAUGCUCACGGAGCCGAAAAUCACGGCAGCAGAUCAGGACAGAGUUCAGGACGACUCGGAUUAGGACAGCACAGAGACGGGAAACGGAGCUACACGCCUUCGCCCACGGGAGAAUACCGACCUUCCCCUCCUCACACAUGCACAUCGUCACACACUCCACCGCUUGUCAAUAACUCACACCCUUCCCAUCCUGGGGGCAGCCGCCCACACAGGGAGAACCACUACUCACUAAAUUCCGGGCCCCUCAGAACUCAUCAGGAAGUGGGGGGUAAUCGCUAUCACCCCUACCAUAAUCGGAGAUAACCCCCCCUUAGCUCCUGCACCAAUUCACGAAAAAAAUCUUGUCUUAUUGUACAAAAAUGUUUUACAGAUUUUCAAUGAACACACAGAUAAGUGGAAUACAACUUGCACACUGCAUAAUAUAGAUUUUAGCCUGGUAUGUAUAUAUGUACAAUACCAGACUAAGUGUGAGCAUGUGGGAGACAGCAAAAUUUAUUAUAUAAUACAACACAAGAACUUACACACAAGUACACUACACUGUUGUUACUAUAUUUACAUACAUAGGUUGUUGCUAUAUUUAGUUGAUUAUUUAGCAACACCCCUUUUUCUUCUGUUGGGGGUUCGCAUCCAGCCGUAUGUCUGGGACUGGGUUUACAUUAGGCUUGUAUAUAUCGUCGUUCUCCUUUGCGAGUGCAUCCUUGGCAAUUUUCUGAAACGCCUGCUCUACGUUGAUCGCCUCCUUGGCGCUCGUCUCGAAAUAGGGGAUGUUGUUUUUCGACUCGCACCAAUUCUGUGCACGACGCGUAGGCACCUGUACAACGACGGAAAGGAAAAAACAACACACUUUAACAAAACAUUCUUAGAAAAAGUUUAUCCAAACACACAAGGAAAUUCCCCAUAGGCUUGUUUUUCAUCAAGGGGGGAAUUACGGGUAUUCCCCUCAGGGGUUCAUUCAUUAUACGUGGUAAAGUCCCUUAUCAAACCUUGCUCCCCCUAUGAGUUGAUCUUUUAACGCACAUGGACAC